AUGAACACUUUCACUACGCUCACUCUCGUCGCGGCUCUUGCGGUAUCGAAUGUCGCUGCGUUCACGAUCAACUUCAAGAACAACUGUGAUGAACCUGUUUGGGCGGCAGUCGGUGCUGCACCGAACGGCGUCCCGAAUCCCUCCAUCGCAUAUGGGAAGGAGCUUGCCCCGGGCGCAUCCUCAAGCUAUGGCGUCUCAGAUACCGCUCUUGGCAUUCGCGCAUGGGGCCGCACCGGCUGCGACGCGAACGGCGCGAACUGUGCGACAGGCAACUGUAACGGCGGGCUCGUCUGCACCGACGGAGGCAUCACCGUCGGCGUGAUCCUCUCCGAAUACGGAUACGGCGACUUCGGCGCCAACUUCGGAGGCCAGCGUACCGCUUGGGACUUAUCGCACGUCGACUCGAGCAUCAAUCUCGACACGCAGCUUACCGACGGCGCUGGGCAAACUGUGACGUGUACGCUUGCGAAUUGCCCUGCUGACCAGGCCUACGACUCGGCGACGGACUAUGCGGCGGAUCGCAACUCGGCGCUCGGGGCGUCGUUCACUCACACGUUCUGCCCUUGA